ACAAACUUACAUUUUGGUUUAGUUAGGUUCAGGUUAUCUGUCGACUGUGGAGGAAGUGGUUGUAGUCGUUUAGACACGAUGACGAAGACUUGCUGCGUCUUUGGCUGCUCUAAUCGGGGUGGCAAGCGGAAAGAUGGAACAAAGCUUUCUUUUCACCGUCUUCCUCUGGGAAAGAAGCCUACACUCAAAAAGUGGCUCCACAACAUGCGGACAUCGAGUGUGGUUGUGGGCAGCUCGACAAGGGUCUGCGGCGCUCAUUUUGUUGGCGGAAAGCGCUCCAAGGAGCAUCCUAUCCCAACGCUGUUCGCAUGGUCAGCAGCAGAGAAGACGAGGAAAACGCCAAAAGAACGCGUGGCUCUGAAGACACAUCAGGACAAAACGCCCCAACCGUCAGCAGCGAAGCCUGAAACAUGUGAAAGCACUUGUGAGGAGCAGCCAUCACCAUCCCUGCCCAGCGUUGAUGAGCAGAUCAGUGAAGUGCGAACUCAGAUCCAGGAAUGUUUGGAGGAGAACACACGGUUGCGGAUGGAGGUGCAGAAGUUGACACAGGAGAAUGAGGCACUGCGAGUCAAGUUGGAGGAAACUGCCACAGUACCAGCACCAGAGUUUUCUGUCGCCAGGAUUUGCAACAGUGACAGCCUCACCAAGUUCUAUACUGGUAUCCCCAGCUAUGAGCAAUUUCAGGCAUUGGUGGCUUUCCUGGAGCCCCACUGCAAGGGGAUGACCUUAUGGAAUGGAGCAAGAACAGGUGAACGGCAACGUCAGUGUGUGAGGGCCUUGGACGAUGAAAACAGCCUGCUCCUUACGUUCAUGAAGUUGCGGCUGGAUUGUCCUAACGAAGACCUGGCUCAGAGGUUUUCAAUCAGUGCAGGUACUGUGAGCCGCAUCUUCACCUCGUACCUUAUGGUCAUGUACCACGCCUUCAAGUCCGCACAGCUACCCGCCUGGCCGUCUAGAGCGCAGAUCGAUGCCGCUAUGCCCCAGAAGUUCCGCGACCUAUACCCCACCACACGCACUAUAAUCGAUUGCACCGAGUUCCCCAUCCAGAUUCCCUCCGACCCCGACACUCAGAGAGUCACCUGGUCAACGUACAAGAAUAGAAACACAUUCAAAGCUCUAGUUUGCAUCACACCCAGUGGAGCUAUCUCGUUCAUCUCUUCCCUGUAUGGUGGGUCAGUUUCUGACCGUGAAAUCACCAAGACGUGUGGAGUGCUGGAUUUGCUGGACAAAGGUGACUCAGUCAUGGCGGACAAAGGAUUCACAAUCAAGGAACUCUGUGAAGAACGGGGUGCCUAUGUCAACAUACCACCGUUCAUCAAGAAUGGCCAACAGCUGACCGAAAAGGAGUUGGUGCAGACCCGCCGCGUUGCCUCGCUACGCGUUCAUGUAGAACGUGCUAUCGAACGAAUAAAGAACUUUCACAUCCUGGAUUUUAUUCUAUCCGCUCACUUUGACAUUGCUGAUGCCAUAUUUCUGGUUUGCUGUGUGGUUGCCGAUUUUGGUGCGCAGCUCAUUACAUAGCUUCCUUCCAUUUCUUGCUGCACCGUUACUGCUCAAUGCGUUCAGUUACUGACAGGUUCAUGAUGGCCUGUCCCAGUGUUUGGUUCUGUGAGCCUCUUCCCCCCCCCCCCCAACCCCCCACCAUGCAUCCGUUGCUAUUUUCCACACGUGACUGCUGUCACCACCAUAGCAAUAUCACUGCCUGUAUUUCUCCUCUUUUCUUUUCAGCAUGAAGUGACAAAAGUGCGUUCUAU